GCGGCGCGUGGCUGCAUGUCCCAGCCGGGCGGCCCGGCCGGGCUGCACGUGGGCUCGGCGCGGGGGCGGCGGCACCGGGGGCACCGGGGACACCGGGGCCGGGCUGGGCUCCGGACCGGCCGGGAGUUCCGCAGAUACAGUUGCUGAGGCUCUGUAAGAUGGCUUUACGGUUCCGCAGUGUCAUCCCAUAUGCCAUACCUGGACUGCUGGCGCUUCUUGGCUACUGGUGGAUCUAUUCCCGACGAAAAAAGCAUGCGAGCUAUCACAAUAAACAAGCAAUAGUGAUCGGAGAAGAGCAGCAGGAAGAAGUGCCAGUGAAAGAUUCAUCGCCCAACACAGAAGCGUGUGUUCCUCGAAGACGGCCUCUCUCCUCGGAAGAGGAAUGCCCAGAGAAUCAAACCUCAGCCUCCCUGCUGUCAGCGGGGUCGAUGACGCCCUCUCUUCUGUGUCAAGCUCACGAGAGGCUAGAUCUCCCACGGGACCUUCUAGACCCGUCCGUAACGAUGCUUCAGCCCAGCGCCCUUGAAGACGACAGUGAAAAACUAGAAACGAUAGGAUCUCAAGAUGAAAGCGGUGUCCCUGCUUGUGUUUCUGUCCCUCUAAUCUCUACGUGUCGCGGCAGCGCUGCAGUGAGCCUUAGGCCUGACUCAGGCUCCAGCGCAAACCAAGAUCAGUGGCCAUCAACAUCAGUGGCGCUGACGCAAAAGUCUUUGGGAAUCGCGGAGGAGAUCAGCAAAGCAGAGCAGUCAGAUGAUUCUUCGUUUAAGCCUCCUAAGGAAAGCCAGGUGCCAGAAGUGGUGCCGUCGGAUACUGGCUCUGUGACAGCCCUUUGCUUGGGGCCGGAGAAGGAAGCCAAUACCUCACAAGCCUUUCUGAGUAAUGAAGUUGUAUCAAGUCACAAGGAUUCUGCAGUGAGCGUGUUACCGGCUCGCUUGGAGCCUGCCUGCCUGGAGCGGUCCAGGGAAGAAGAGCUGUCUGAGGCAGUUGCCAGGACUGUACCUGUGUGUCAGGAGGAAGGCACACAGCCAAAAGGAGAUGGGUUGGAAAGAGAGAAGAUUGGAAGAGUGAGUUUGGACAAGGAAGAAGUUGAGAAAAUUGAGCAAGUAGCAAUACAAAUCAUUUCCAAGGUCAUUUUGGCAGCAACUGAGGAAGUGCUGUCUGGUGCUGCAGGUGAUGUGUCCGCUCGGAUCUGCCAAGCCGCUGCCGGCCGGGUUGAGAGACCUUUGGGGAUGGCAAGUGCUGUGUCCUCUGAUCAGAUGCCUGUGGAGAAAGCUAUGGGAGCAGAUGAGAACGUUGCUGCGGUACUGACAUCCACCCAGAGGGAGGAACAGGAUCGGAGUGUGACAGGCUCCAGCCGUUUAACACACGGCUGUUUGUCCAGCCCUGUUCAGGGAGACACAAAAGACCAUCAGAUGAAGAGCAGCGUGUGCAGCGAGGCUGUGCUGUCUGGUGCUGCAGGGGAUGCGUCUGCCCGGACCUGCCAAGCUGCUGCCAGCCGAGUCCAGGGAGCUCUGGAGACAGCAAGUGCUGUCUCCUCUGGUCGGGUCCUUGCUGAGGCAGCUGCGGGAAUGGCUGUGAACGUCGCCGCAAGGAGCGAUGCUGCGGUACUGACAUCUCUGCAGAUGGAGGAACGGGCUGGGAGUGUCACAGGUUCCAACUGCUGUUUAUCUGACUGUGUUCAGGGAUGCACAGGAGGCCGCUGGAUGAAGAGCAGCGUGUGCAGUGAGGAUGUGCUGGCUGGUGCUGCAGGUGAUGUGUCCGCUCGGACCUGCCAAGCCGCUGCCAGCCGAGCCGAGGGAGCUCUGGAGAAAGGAAGUGCUGUGUCCUCUGGUCAGGUGCUUGCGGAGCAAGCUAUGGGAGCAGCUGAGAACGUUGCUGCGGUACUGACAUCCACCCAGAGGGAGGAACAGGAUCGGAGUGUGACAGGUUCCGGCUGUUUAACACAUGGCUGUUUGUCUGGACCUGUUCAGGGAGACACAACAGACUGUCAGGUGAAGAACAGCGUGUGCAGCGAGUCCCAAGCAGUCGACAGGACUGUGGAGAACCACGGAGGGUCACUGGGAAAGUCACCUUUGGUUAUGGAGGACUCUGGGUACAGCACGCACACAUCUGACAGUGGGACAGGUGUGGAGGACCCGUUGCAGAACACAAUGCUGUUUGCUGCAUCAGGCCAGCAUUUGGACUCACUGAGCGCAUCUGCUGAGCAGAGCUCAGUACCAAGUGAAAAUCCUCCUCUGAAGCUACCUGAGGACAACACAGUGCCAUACAGCAAUGGGAUACUGAACGAGGAUGGGCCAGACCUGGCUCACGAGUGCAGCAGAGCAGCAGGGAUGGAUGGAGAUCACUCGGGAGGUUCGGAUGUGAAUGACACGGAUUUUGUGGACAGUGGCUGUGCCAUGAGGAAGACGGUGACUCGCCAGAACUCUAAGCUCAGAGGAGAAUCCAGCAAGUCUGACUACGUUAUCUGGGAAAUAGAGGUCCCGAAGGAAUUAGUUGGCCGCUUGAUUGGCAAACAAGGCAGAUACAUGACCUUCUUAAGGCAAGCGUCUGGUGCCAAAAUUUAUGUCUCAACACUACCUUACUUCCGUGACUCCCAAGUCUGUCACAUCGAAGGCUCCUCGCAACAAGUAGAAAAAGUACUGAGCCUGAUUGGCAAGAAGUUCAAAGAGCUGUGUCUCACCAACAUCUACGCUAUACCCCCACCAACGCCGCUGACGCUGCAUUCCCUCCUGAUGACCGCCUGGCUGUUCCUCCCAGAUGGAGUCACCGUAGAGGUGGUCGUGGCAAACCAGGUUGAUGCGGGGCACAUGUUCCUGCAGCAGCACACACACCCCACGUUCCAUGUCCUGCGUAGCCUGGACCAGCAGAUGUACGCCUGCUAUUCUCAGCCUGAAAUUCCAACCCUGCCGACUCCAGUAGAAGUUGGUAUUAUCUGUGCGGCGCCAGGCCUGGACGGGGCAUGGCUGCGGGCUCAAGUGAUCAGCUACUUCGAAGAGACCGGUGAAGUAGAGCUCAGAUACGUGGACUAUGGAGGAUACGACAAAGUGAAGGUCGACACACUCAGACAAAUCAGGUCUGAUUUUUUAUCACUGCCUUUCCAAGGAGCAGAAGUUUUACUCGACAAUGUGGUGCCGCUUCCAGACGAGGAUCACUUUUCACCCGAAGCUGACGCCGCUGUUAGGGAGAUGACCAGAGGCGCAGUCCUGGUGGCGCAGGUCACGAAUUAUGACAGUGCAACAGGGCUGCCGCUGAUUCAGCUGUGGAACUUGACGGGAGAUGAGAUGGUGUCAGUAAACAGAACUCUGGUGGAAAGAGGGUUUGCUCAGUGGCUUGACUACUAGCGAUGUCCCAGAUGCCUUGACAACUCUUUCUGCAGAGAAAAGAGAAGAAAUGUUGUUUUGCACUGUUACGAUUUGGUUUGGCAACCUCUCCAAGACCCUUUUACCCUGCAUAUGAGUUCCUGGUCGCCUGAACCUCCUUCUGCGCAGCUGUUACCGUUCCCGGGACACGACCCCAUCGCGGUGAACGGCGGGUGUUCAAAGCCAUAAUGACAGAUACUGCAGCUUUAAAGCAAAAAAUCCUUCCUGGCCUCUGCUCGGAAGUUGAAUGAGAAACGCCUGAAAACCUCGGGGCUUCCUUGAACCUGGAGAAUGCCCCGAAAUGUGAACAGUGGUCACGUUUUUGUUCAGGAUGUGCAAUGCCCCACGAACUUAGCGUCUGCCUUUCCUAAACGAUACAACGGUUGUCCUUUUUUAACAGGCUCUGUGUAUGAAAUUAAUGAAUGUUAUUAAGGAAUUUAAUGUUCAGUUAUGGAUUUUUCUAUAUUGUGCCACUAACCUGCACAAACAGCAUCCAUCCUGUCUUCCUGAGGCGGGAGGCAGGCAGGUUGCGCUCGUUGCGCUUGUGGCCGGUGUCUCGCUGCGGUUCGGGGUUUAGGAGGAAAGCUGCUCUGUGCACACGCUUGAAGUGCAGGAUGUGUUACCACUACAAUUUUUGCUCUGAAAUGUCAUGUAUUUAAAGAAAAGAACUGAUUGCCAAGCCCAAUUGUAGUUUAUAUUUUUCUAGCUGUGCAAGUCUGUAAAUAUAUAUUAAAAAAAAUAUUGUAAUAUUUUGUACAAGAAAAAACACUGGAAACAAAGGGAACUUUACAGAAACUUUUUCACACCCUAAUGUCCUGCGUAGGUAGAAGCGGUUUGGAGUGCGUUAGGGUAGCUGCCAUGAGCACUGGGAUGCUGGGAGUGUUUCGGCUCUGCUGUGCGCGGAGCGGCGUUCCUGCGGGUCGCCCUCUGCUCUUGUGGUCACUGCGUUCUCUGCUGUGUUGCUGUACAGAUUUGUUUAAAAAAAAAAAGAAAAGAAAGUGACAACUUGGCAUUCAUAUUGCAGUGGUGUUCUCUCCAUUUUUUUUGCUCCUUUUUAGAUUUGUCACAUAUUUAAAAUUUUGCUCAAGUAAUUUAAGCUGACUUAAUACUCUUGAACAUAUGCCCUCUAAUGUAUAUCAUUUUAGAUAUGUAUUGAGCUGGGACUUGUUGCUGGCAGAGAAGACGGCUGCCAGGACAGUGGUGCUGUGCUCGGUCCUGGGAGGGUUUGCUGGUGGAUGAUGUGGGUGUCCCCACAUCCCCGAGCUGACAUGUCAGUGUGUCACCCCUUUGGAUAGUUGCCUACAAAAGCAUUUGGUCCAACCCCUUCUGAUACGGUUUGGUUAUUUCCUUUUUCUGAGUUCUCUCUUGUUCGGUGCUCAUGAUUUAACGUUCAUGUUUGCAGUAACAUCCAAUGAAAACUAAAUUGGGUAACUCAGUUAAAUCUAUAAAACAUAUCCUCUUGGAAUGUUUCUUUCCAUUUCAAUUAAAGCUCUAAUUUUAAGCUGUCUUAAUCAAA